AUGCCAGCCCUUACUUCAACCUCCUCGCUGCUAAAUACCCUCGCUGGUCGCAGCGAUGUCAGUCCGGCCGCGAAUGCGACCAGUAAUGCUUUGCAAGUCGUAUGCGCCUGGCCAGUGUCAGGCCAAUAUGGAACCGGCUCCAGGGUUUUGUACUAUGUUCUCGUGUUAGCCUGUGUAUUGGCUCGAAAAGAAGAAUGGCUCAGGAACGCUUGCCUGGCAGCAGCGUUGCUCUUUCCCGCCGUCGCUGCCAUCCAUGGCAUCGUCCUCGCGGCAGUACAUGUCAAUGGUGCUGUCGAUAUGGAUAUCUACGGAGCCUUCCAACUAUGCACGAUAGGCAUCUUGGCCGCCCCGGUAACGGUCAGACGAUCUCGGACGUACUUCUACGACCCCGGUCGGAACGCCAUCUUCUUGUGGACCGGCGUUAUUCUUGCUGGGCUGCUGAGCUUGACUGUCGAAUUCUACCGGAUCACAACGUCUGAUUGCACGCAUGACGACUCUGGGCAACCGAUACCUCCCAAUGCAGCCGGGUUCCCUUAUGGCGACAAGCCCAGCUGUGGUCUCACCUGCUCUCUUGAGCAAGGUCCCCCCUCUCCUCUGCGAGGCGGCUCGGUGAACAGCAUAUAUGUCAUUCCCGCACCGGAUAAGCUCACCUUCGGCACCGGCACCCUCCUCGCAGCUGCAUGCUGCAUCCCCGCCAUCCUCUCGCUCAUAUCUAUGUGGGACAAGAUCCUCGAGAUCAACUGGAAAAAGAACCGCAUUGGUGGUGGACAUGCGGAUGAGCGGAAUGACGAGGUGAUCGAGGGAACCAACGGCGCCACCAUCGGGAAUAUGAAGAGGGUCAACAAGGUCAUCCGGCAUCUCCUGAGUGUCGUCGAGAUUCCUGUGUUAUAUGGUGCAGUACUCGCUAUCCUGAUCACCGGCGAGCGGAACUUCUUCAGCUCUCAGGUGCUGUAUCAGACUGAGCCAAUAGCCAGUAUUGGUCAAUGGGGGCCCCUUGUUGGCACUCUGCUCGCUGCCCUGGGAUCACUUUAUCUUCUCCUGGCUGCAGAUAUGGCAGCUGUCAAGCACGAAGCGAAAUCAAAUACUUCCAUGCAUCAUUGUAAUUGCUCGCAUCACCACCAUGGCGGCGAACGGCAUCCGAACUUGCCCGUCCAACGUGGAGUGGACGCUCGAAGCAUGGAUGGGGGCGUCAUCCGGGGUUCGCCGCAGGAUCCGACAGGGCUGCCAGCUAUGCAGGAACUCGGCAUUGGCCCAUUUACAGGGUCACCGCCCCCGAUCGCUACCCCAGAUGCUACUGACGUGCGCUCUAGCACUUCAAACGCGUCGACAGCUCCGGCUAGUGGGACCACGCCAGGACCAGUCCACCAAGCCAAACGAUCCUGGACAACCGAUAUGGGCAAGCGACGUAAAAUAACUAGGACAUUAACCGCCAUCGGCAGCUACCUUGGCACCCCAGCCCACGACUGGUACGAUGAUUCCGAGUUCAAGCGCGGUCCAGCUCUGGACUUCCCCGAGAUCCCAGGGGAGGAACAACGAAACAGGGAGUUGUCUCAGAUCAGGGAGCAGUGGAAUAUCACGCCGGCGCUUCGUGAACUGCGUUCGAGAGCGGGUAGCUUCCAUAGUAGGGCUGCCUCUGGUCUUGAUUUCGAAGGCAGCGUGUCGACGCCCAGAGCAGCAUCACCGUUUCUGUCGCCCACCAGGCCUGAAAGACUGCCUGUCAGCACGUUGUCGGCCGAACACUCUUCUUUCGAGCGACAGGACCCGGCUUCAUCUCCGUCUGCUGGUUUAAACGGAGGUAUGCUUCAGCCGCGGCAGGCCACGCUAGAGGUGCCGUCUCCAGUCCAUUUCAAUCCUACGCGGAACAAGUCUUCCGCUUCCUCUAUCUCCCCUAUUGUCAUCACACCCAGAGGCCGGAGUUUACCUACCAUCGUUACCUCUCCCGAUCCCUACACUUCCUCUCCUGUUCAGAUGCCAAUCUCCAACCUACCCUCGCCCUCAUCAUCCCCCGAGCCACUACCACCAUCGUCAACGACACCAUCGUCUUCCCCUUCAUAA